GUUUUGUGCUUUUAUUUGAAUUUGUGAAAAUAUCAGCUGCCUCAACAGUUUAGUUAAGACAAGACAUUGCUUAAACUGUCUGCACGCAUUUAUUUAAAUCUAUAAUAUGCAUUUUCUUCUUCACUCAGAUUGUGUUGCAUUUGUACAGACAAAAUAGAUAUAGACAGGAACACAUGCAGCCCCACUGCACCCUCCUUCUUUUCAUUCAUAAAUUAUGUCUUCUCUGAAUAAUGCAAUUCAGUCACUUGUAAAGAGACGCACCUUGUAUUAAGCCAUUACAGGUAAUCUGCAUACACAGUUUGAGCCAAACAAACAAAACACUUGGUUCAUGUACUGUAGUCUUUGCAUGAGUUUUAUGUUUAAUAUUCACAUAUCCAUCCAUAUGGCCUGUAGUGAACCAAUGUUUUGUAGCACUUUCUAAAGAGUCCUUCCAAGGUUCAAAUUAAUAAACUCACAGUCUUUGAUACAAUAAGUAUGUAUAUAGCUAAAUUAAUAAACUACAGAAAUAUCAUAAAAUAUUCAUAGUUUGUGAUACAUUUCUACUCGAGUGUCAUGUCUGGGCUCCUUAAAUAUUGUAUAGUAUCCGAGUGAAGUAUGAGUGCAAAAUAAAUCAGAUGUGCACUGAUUAUUUCAGGUUGAUCUCGUUCACUAGUGCAUGUAAUCCUUGAGUGUUAUAUCGAUAUAUAGAUAUGGUGUGCUUUAUGAUACUCUAACAAAUAUUCCUGCACUACUUGAUUAAAGGAAGAUGGAAAUAUUAAUGCAUAAAGAGUUGGUAUAAUCAAUAGAUCAAGUAAAUGGUUAGAAGUCAGGUAGAUAAUGCCUGGGGUACCACUGCUCUGCACAUUUCUCUCUUAUCUGAUGCCCUCGGUUCAGUUAAUGGAUCUGAAUCAGGUGUGUUAAAUAAGGAAGACAUACAAAUUGACUGGAAUAGAGAACCACUGGUAUAGAUCAUUGCUAGCCUUGAAACACUUGAACUUUUGCAUGGCUUGCUUGUUAUGGAUGAGGUCAAACACAUUUCUCUGUAAGGUUCUUUGUUUUCUCCAGCACUCAGAAAUCCCACUCUCCUACGAGUUCAUCACGUGCACUUGGUAAUGAAUGGAGUAGAAUCACUCUGCUGCUUACACAGACCCUCACAUAUGUACAGAAUGUACUCACAUAUACACAUGUACUUUUUAGUGCAGAUUUCUGACAGAAUGAAUGAACAGAAUGUGACCUUUCUCUGUUAAAAAAAAAUAGAUGGUUUUACAAUUUGAUUCCACAUGAGAAGCUUCUGGAGAUGUUCUGUGGAAGCUUUAAAGAAGCCAGAAGUGCGUCAGUUGAUGUAACCCAACACAAAGGGAAACAUCCGUCAUUAUUCACUCGUCCUCUGGUUGUUAUGCUUCCAUUUUAUCUGAGGAACACAAGUGAACAUUUCAAAAAAAAAAAAAAUCUGAAAUAAUGAAGAAUAUAUGUCUGGAAUCUAAGGUUCCAAAAGAGUGUUUUCACAGCAAUUCCGUAAUGGAACCAUCAACACCAAUAAACUUUUUAAGAGUGUAAAUCGAAGUAAUAACAGAUUGAUCUGAAGGAUUCAGCUAGUGCGUUCAUGUCUAAGACUCACAGAGAUGAUCUUCCUCCUUGCGCUCCUCUUCUUCGAUCGCUCUACCUGUUUUUACACCUUACGGCUGCUCUUGACAUGACUGACAUUCCAGCCUGACAAAGGGCGCUUCUGAUUGAAAGAAAGCAAUGUGUUUGCCUUGUCAGUUCCACAGGCUUCUGCAAGUACGUGCAUCUGCUGGAAUGCUCUGUGCGCAAGGCCGUGACCUUCGUCAGAACUAGAAAACUACCAGUAUGAACUGACAUUCACAGCAGAAGUGCUGGGAUACAAAAUCUCAUAGGCUUACAUUGAAUGAAGGACUUGAGUCAUAUAGACCAGAAUAUAUAGAGAGAUUUGGGCGUGGGAUUUUUUUGUCUUUAGGCAGUAAAGCAGCUGGGUUAUUACUAAUUUGUUACUUAAAACUAAACAUUUUUGUAAUUGAAAUAAAAUAACUAAUAAAAUACAGUAUAAAAAAACUAAAUUGCUAAAACGAACUAAAAAAAAACAGUAAUAAUAACAACUAAUAAUAGAUAAAAGUAUGUCAGUGAUACUAAAUCACUUGUAAGCAACCAACCACAAUAACAUCACACCACAGAAAGGCACAAAUCUAUUACAAAUAUGGAAUCCAAGCAGUUUUUUGUACACAAUGGCCCAGGAUGUGAAAAUGUCACAUUAGGACUUUGGCAGAUGUCCGCCAUGUGCUGCUUCUGCCGAGUGCCUCUGGAAAUGUGCUGAAACUGUGACUUCAUCCCAUGACCUAUAAGUCAGUCACUUCCCAUGUGCAGGGUGAAAUAUAGGUCAAUGGAAAGUAAACAUUAAUAAUAGACAGGAUCAUAGCAAAGUCCAAAUGUGACGGUUCUCUGUGGGGUUUGGGUAAAUAUCACUCUGCCACCUGGUCGAUUGGCUAAUCCUGCUGUUCAACCCGUUUAAACUGGUGACCUCCGGCAGAGGUGACUCUUCCUUAUAGCUGAUUUGCUGUGUAACGUAAAGCCUUAUGAUUCUUUAAACAUUGUGGUGUUCAAAAGUCAGAGACUUCUUUUUCUCCUUUUAAAGGGAUUUAAACAAAAUUUUAGGAAUCUGUUGAUAUUGAAAAAUAAAGAAAUAAAAAAAAAAAUUGCACUGUAUCUGUCUAACUAAAAGAACAGGGGCAUAAUUGACAUUGUUUUUACUCUGUUGUUAUCCUAAUAAUAUGCUAAUGGUUGUUAUUGUUAACUAAAACUAUAAAAAUACUAUUUAUUAAUUGAAAUAAAGCUUUAAAUAAAAAAUGAAUAUAAAUAUUAGAUGAUAAACAAAAAUAAAUGAAUAAUAAAAAAUGUUACACAUUGUUGCUCCUCAAAUAUUGUGCACCUGUCCCCACCCUCCUUGUCUUAUAGUAUGUCGGAGCUUCAUCACGACAUGUUUAAGGAGAGAGCAACAAACAGUGAAAAGAAAUGAGGAACAGGAAGCUGUCCAAAGGGGUCGCAUGUCCAACUCGCAGUCCAGUCCAGGACAGUAUCUGAGUAAUGGGAGUGACCCUUACAAUGGACAGCCGUAUCUCUCGGGCUUUAUCUCUUUGCUCCUACGGGCCGAGCCAUACCCCGCAUCCCGUUAUGGAGCCCAGUGUAUGCAGUCCAACAAUCUAAUGGGCAUUGAGAACAUCUGUGAAUUGGCCGCCCGUUUGCUCUUCAGCGCCGUGGAGUGGGCGAAGAACAUCCCUUUCUUUCCUGACCUGCAGCUCAUGGACCAGGUGGCGCUCUUGCGCAUGUCGUGGAGUGAGCUGUUCGUUCUGAACGCUGCUCAGUGCUCUAUGCCGCUGCAUGUAGCACCCCUGCUGGCCGCUGCCGGUCUACACGCCUCCCCCAUGUCAGCUGAACGAGUGGUGGCCUUCAUGGACCACAUUCGCGUCUUCCAAGAGCAAGUGGAGAAACUGAAAGCCCUUCAGGUAGACACGGCUGAGUACUCCUGCCUGAAGUCCAUCGUACUCUUCACCUCUGAUGCCAUGGGUCUCUCUGAUGUGGCCCAUGUGGAGAGCAUCCAGGAAAAGUCCCAGUGUGCUCUUGAGGAGUACGUGCGGAACCAAUACCCCAAUCAACCCAAUCGAUUCGGCCGCCUGUUGUUACGACUGCCCUCCCUGCGCAUUGUUUCUUCUCCCGUUAUCGAACAACUAUUCUUUGUACGACUGGUAGGCAAAACUCCCAUUGAGACGCUACUGCGGGACAUGCUGCUUUCUGGUUCCAGCUACAAUUGGCCUUACAUGCCCGUCCAGAGAGACCGGCCCAUCUCGCUCCAUUACAAUGAGAACGGGCCCUGAUCCUGCCCCAAUAAUCCAUAUCACACCCCCGCCGCCAUGGGGUCAUGGCCAGUACAGAGAAUCUGUCAGCAAGCCACACCCCUUUCUGCCACAUCAAAACCUGCUAACUUAACCUGAACCACCAGCCGUUUGUUUUGUAAAUGGGAAUGGACCACAGCGUACAUAUAUACACAGAACUGUUUCCUACAGAGGUUUUCUAUGAACGAGGACUGUCUGGCCCAAAGUGCCCCAUCCAUUCCUGAUUUUGAAGCAACCAGAAGCCAUUAAAGCUGAUGCCAAAACUUUACCAGAACAGCUAUUAGAUGGACCUCGAAAACCGCACCACUUUUAUAUUAACAGGACAGUCAAGAUUCUGUCCGAUUUGGUCAGGGUGGGGGUGGGAGUUGUAUUUCACUUCAAGUACAACCAAAAGAAAGGCAUAACUCUUGCAGGACUCGUUGGAGAGAAAGCCUUUGCCAAAGUAGGACAGGCAACUGAACUCUCUAGAGCUUUUUCUGGAACUGAUGACUGAGGUGAAAUUCUGCUUGUCUUGUUGAUUUUUGCGUUUAGGUAUCUGAUGAAGUGGGAAGACUUGAAAGACGCACUUGAAACCAGCCAGAUAACCCUCACUUUACGCAUUUUUAUCAGCUGCAUCCAAAUAUUCAGCACAUCUAGAAAGAAUGUUGCCGUGUCAAGCACAAUAUGCAUCUUGUUAAAUAAUGGAGUUAGCUCCUGUAGCUUCAAGAAGAAAAGAAAACACUUGGGUAAAGUAAGGGAUUCUGGAAUGUUUGGGAAUGUCGGGAAAGCUCUGAUGUGUCCAAGCCAACAUAGUCUAUGCUAACUUUACCAUAUUCUAGCUGGGUUGUGAUGGGAUAAAGUCUCAUUGGAUUGUGUACAGUGUUGAGUGAGUGGGCAGGCAAAUGUGCAAAAAUGACCCAGAUUGACUCGACAAACUCAAGACCUCAAUUAUGCCAAUAGUCUGCCUUUGAUGACCAGGUUUAUUGUGUAGCAAACUAUAGGUUUCAUCAAGUAUUUUUGUUACUUUCUUGCUCAUUUGAAUAUGUUAAAAACCCCUUGUCACAUUUUUAACAUGGCACUAUAGCUUUUAAGGCAGCAUUUGGAUAUAAAAGCCAUUGGGACCUUUAAAAGCAGGACCUGUUGUAUUAGUUCACAGAAUAUUUCUAUCAAAGUAUGUUUCUCUGUAUUUUAGGUUUGGAAAAAUGAAUUCAUGAAAUAAAAUCUGUCAUUCACAGAA